AUUAUAUGCAUCAUUAUCCCCUUUAAUAUCCAGUUUCAGUGUAGGCCAAGAAUUCUCUUGCAUUUUUCUGAUCCUUAAUAACAUCAUUGAAACUUUUCAUCGGCAAUUAGCUGCCAAAUAUUCUCUGUAGCCUUGAGGUAUGUUGUUGUCCACUGCAUCCCAUACCUGUGUUAAAAAAGAAGAAAAAAAAAAGAAAGAAAGAAAGUGCCUGCACUUGUCAGUUACCUCAACUUGAGCUCCAUUGAUAGGAUGUGAUGGCCUGACUUACCUAGAUGUCAGUUUCAUUUUCUUACAACAUCUAAAGAAGUAUGAGAAGUCCAGCAAAAUUGAACACUACAAGAUUGGGCUGAUGAAAGCAAGAUUAGGAGAAGGAAAAGGAGUGGGAGAAGUAGAAGGAAAAGGAUUAGUAGCAGGUGAAGGAGAAGGCAAAAGAGCAGAACCAGGCAAUGAAGGAGGGAAAGGAGCAGGUGAAGGAGAAGGUGAAAGAGCAGGACCAGGUGAUGGAGAAGGCAAAGGAUCAGGAGCAAGCGAAGGAGAAGGAGAAAGAGCAGGACACGGACAAGGAAGAAGAAGGAAAAGAAGGAGGAGGAAGAGGGAGAGAUGUCUGCAGAGUGACACAAAAAAAGUAGUCUGUCAUGUGAUACUGCUUUUAUUUGUCCAAUAUUAACUGCAUUCAUUUUCAUUAUCAGUGGUUAUACGGAGGCAUCACUUCAAUGAAUACUGAUGAAGAAAAUGAGCUACGCAUAACAUUGUCAUCUUUUGUCAAAGGUCAAAAGAUAGUUGACCUUCCAUAUACAGUACGAGAUCAGGUAAAUGACCUUGGAGAGUGGGCAGUAUCAGCAAAUGAAGGUGAUAUUAUUACUAUAACACAACUACCAGAAGCUACAUUUCAAUUCAUGCUGAUUGUCAGUGUACGUCACAGAUUUUCUGAUUUGUGGGCUUCAAUGCAAAAUGGAAAGGUAGUAAUUCAGAAAGUGUCAGAGGACAAUCGCCAAAAGCUGGAAAUGGAAGAUCCAGAUGGACAGAAGUUGAUAGAAUGCUUUGUAGACAGAAUGCUUGGAUUUACAAAGAUUUUCCGGUACCUGGUAGAUACUCAGAAGCCCAUUGUUCUUCACAAUUGUCUUCUUGACCUGAUGCUACUUUAUAAGCAAUUUUAUAAACAUCUGCCAAGAUCCUAUCAUACUUUCAAGUCAGACAUGCACCAGCUCUUUCCCACUAUAUAUGAUACAAAACUGAUAGCAGCUGAAAUUAAGAGUAGCCUAAGACAAGCUGAUGAUAAAGCUGGCAAUCUUCUGGAAAAUUCCAGUUUGAGUGACCUUGCAACAUCAUUGAAAAGAGACCACACAGCAUUGCACAGACCAUCAGUUCAUCAUGAGCCAAAGACAAAUAAGUACAAUGGGGAGGAGAUGAUGCUACAUGAGGCUGGUUAUGAUGCAUAUUUAACUGGAUCCAGCUUUCUUUAUUUAGCACAUCUUUAUGCUAUGCUGCAGUUACCCUCUAAACUACAGCAUCGUCCCAUGAGUCCACGAGAACACGUUCACGCAUUAAAAAGCUUUGCAAAUCGAGUCCAAAUGCAAAGAGCAGCCAUUCCAUACAUGGAGCUUAAUGGCCAUGAUCCCAAAUCCAAGCGUCCUCCUUGGCUGGUGGUUGAGAGUCAUCCCAAGACUAUAGGCUUUUCACCCAGUUAUGUGUCCAGUAUCUUAGGACAGUAUGGUUUUGUUGAUGUUGUGCCACGGGAUAACAAGUCGGUUUUAGUUGCAGCAGCAUCAUGGGAAAGCACAAGAGAAAUUCUUAAAACCUUUAGAGAAGGUGGCACAUUAAAGGCAUCAAGAUACAGUAAACUGAAGCAUUCACCCUUCAUAAGAUCUCUUGCUUGGUCAGGUGCCUUAGUGUCUGCAGGUUUAAGUAGUUGGCUUAUUUACAGCACAUUUAAGAAGGCUUCUUCUUGAGUUUCUGUAUAGAUGUAUGAAAAAAUAUAAAUAGCAGCAGUUGCAGUAAAUAGAUAAAUAUAUUGCAACUUGUUUGUGCUCAUUCAUAAAUCAAACGAUUUUGUUUGAUGUUUUAAGCAUGUUCUGUUGUGGAUGUGUGGGCCCUCAACAAGCAGUGCUCAUACUGAAGUAUCAAAGGCAUGAUAUCAGUAGCACAAGCUGCAGGGUUACAGUGAAUCUUCCAACAAGUUAUUUAUGUUCUACACAAUGUAAAUGAGAAAUUACCAAAAAAGGAAUAGCAUGAAGUGAGCAUCCUCAUAUCUUACAAAAGAAAACAGUCUGAAGAGGUAGAUUUGUAUGUAACUUGAUAAUUAUGUAGUUAAAUGUAAAUUAUUGAUUAAACUGGUAUUUCCCCUGUUUUAUAUAUAUUUUUCAAUAUGUAUCAAAUUUAGUUUCACUGUAUUUUUGCAUACAUGCUUUCAGUGAGUAAUUAAUUUUGUCUUUUUAAAAAUUAUUUUGUGAUUUCAGAUUACAGUUCCUGAUCAUUUUCUGAUACAGUUACUUUACUUUUACCUUGUAGUAACUUUGAUAUUGAUUAUUUCAUAUUAAAUAAUGAGUCAUACUUCUUGAUUUUGCUACAUAAUAAAAUAAUUUGCAAA